CACUUGAUGGCACGAAUGAAGCCCUGGUUACCUGGGGAUGGAGACAUUGCUGUUAUUUAUGUUACCCUUUUCCAUAAAUGAGCACCAUGUCAGUCAUUUUUACUAUGUGUGUGGAUUAACAGUCAGUGUGCAUUCUCUCGUCUUUCAAGGAUAUCAUGGUAAUUGUCCAGAAUAGGGUCACAUCAGGUGACUGCAAUAACCUCUGUGUUUUGCAAUCCAGGAAAGGUCAGCAAACUUGUUCAUAUAUUCGGUCAAAAUAGAAAUUGGACUUAUUUGACUGGAGGUAAUUUUUAGAAUACCUUUGCUUAAUUGGUCACGGCAACUUUGGUUUUGAUGUACUCCUCUCACUCUACUAGCCAGAUGUAUCAAAAUUAUGCAGCAGAACCCUCCCCCCCAAUUAGCGAUAAUUUUGGCCCCAGUAUCAUGGAAAGGCAUGAAAGGAAAACUGAGGAUUAAAAUAAUAUAAGAUAGUAACAAUAUACACAGAAUUAAUCAAUAUAUUUCUAAUGUUGGGGCCUGUGCCUCCUUUGACCCACCUUCUAGGGGACUAUCAGUCCCCAACCCCCACAAUGAAAGACAAAGAAUAUUUCAUGUAUUCAUACCAGGGUAGAGCAUACGACUGAGAUACUGGAAUGCCCAAUGCUGACUCUUUCCAGUGUUCUCCCCUGCUAUGAAUAUAUAGAGGAUACUUUUUUGCAGGGGGCAUAGCCCCAUGUGUUCACCAGUAUUGUGAAAUAUCACCAUUAAGUUAUUGCAUUAUUUUUAGUUUAGUAUGCAAUUUCUCUGGUACUUUCCAUGCCCUCCCCUGUUAUCCAAGCCAAGAAAUUGGGGGUCUGAGGAGGUACUGUGGUAUAAUUCCUACAUAUAUGUGAGCUAGAGGAUGAGAGAAAUCCAUUGAUAUCAAAGUCAGUUAUGCAAAGGUAUUAUGAAAAUUUAUCUCUAUAAAUUACUGAAAAGGUUUAUAAGAUUUGGCAAUUCUCAAACCUAUAACAGCAACUAUAUGAGACUGUGAUUGCUGUGACCUCCAUCUAUUGGUGCUGGGGCAAAGGUUAACAAACUUCCACCUCGAGUAUUUAACAGGAUUGAGCUCAGACUGGUUCCUUGUAUGACAGCCAAUCAUUAGUGUGAUUUGUUGACUUCCAGUGGACAUUUGUUGUCCUUUUGCCAGGGUGCCAAAGGUACAGAGAAUACUUGAGUCUCUGUGGGUGUAUUGAUAAGCAUUACAUUGAUUUUCCUCUCUCUGGCCAGUCCUGUCACAAAAGACACCCUUUUAAAGUACAGUAAGUCCCCAACUUAAGAACAUAAUGGGGACCAAGAGGUUUUUUGUAAGUAGAUUUUUUUGUAUGUCGAAAGUCGGGUCUCCAUUACCUUUUUUCCCAUUGUUUUAAAGUUUUGUUUACAUUAAGAAUACCUGUAAAUAAAUCCCAAUAAGUACGACAUACUCUAUACAGUACCAGACUCUUGAACAACAUUCGUGGCCGUGAAAUUUGAAGUUUGCUAGUAUCUUUCAAACAAUUUUUUUGGACUUUAGUACUUAAAAAAAAAAAAAAUUCUAUGUAUGGAAUGUUCAUAAGUAGAAUGUUCUUAAGUAGGGGACUAUCUGUACUUGUUUUUAAAAGCAGCUAUAUGUUGAUAGGCAAGAUGUAUGGAUGCUAUAGCCAGUAUAACAAUAAAGGUGCCUUUAUUUACAGUGAGAUGAUAAUGAUCAUCCAGCUUAUCGGUUAAAUGAUUGAUUUGCAAUUUUACUUAAAAAGAAUGAAUUCAUGCAAUUCCUGCAAAAUAUUUACAGAACUUGUUCCUUGAGCAAUGCUAGUAAAUCUAGCAUUGAAUAUGUAAAUAAUUUUAUUCUUUAAUGUUGUUAUAUUAGCUGCAGAAAUUUGUUUGUUUAUUGCAAACAUGAUCAAUUUGUACAGCAGUAAACUUAUUCACACUGGGUAACAUCCUGUCAUGUCAUGGGGGAAAAUCUCAGAUGCUGGAUUCUGGAGUUUAUUUUGUGGGGGAACUAAAUUGACAUUAGCAUCAUGUUUCAUAUAUAAGUUCAAUAGUUUAUAAUGCAAGUCUUGGUUAUCCAAACUUAUAAUUACAAAAUCUCUCAUUAUUUCAAACUUUCUUAUCCAUAGCAGUAUGGAUCACCAAUCUCUGCCAAAUGUAACGGCAGGCACAUUAUCACCAGCACUCCAUCCAACACAAGGUGUCAAGCAUGAAUUAUCCUCGGUAGUAGACCUACGACCUGUUGACACAGGCAUGAGGUCCAUGAGCAGUGAUAUGCAACCAGUGGAGGAGGACUUGCAACAUGUGGCCCAGGACAUUCACCAGGUCAGUCGACAAAUACACCAGGUGAACAGUGGCAUUCCCGUGGAGGAGCUGAGACUGACUGAAGGGAACAUGCAGAGUGUGAGUGACGAGCAAGUGGAUCCUCUGGGGGUGACGAGCGAGGACACACUGACAAUGGACGGCGAGAUGGGGGACAUGGAGCAGAAUCAAGACGUUCAGGUCAUCGCUCAUCAGGCCAACCUCCUGGAGGAUGCAUCAGGCGUGAUAAGCUCUGACAAGACCAUCAAGCUGCCAGGGUUUUCAAGCCAGCAGGCUCCUCAUGAGGGUCAUGACCCACACGACCUUCAGUUGAGCAGCAUAACUAGUGGUGCAGGAACAUUGCCCCUCGAUGCCCAGCAUUAUUACGAAAGCCUCCACCCAGCACCUAUUAUGGUCUAUGAAGUGCCAGCAGGUAACAUUGUUCCCUUUGAUUCUCUCGUCUCGGUGCCGCUGGGAAAGAGCAUAGGUGAGAAGAAUAAUGAAGGAGUCGACUUACUGCAGGCAUCUGUGAGUGAGACUGUGUAUGCGCAUCAGUCGCAGGACAUGUCUCAUCCGUUAUAUGUGCUGCAUCAGCCACAGAAGAAAGAAGAUAGUUCUGAAGGAAUGGUGAUCGAGCAGAUCAACUCCAAUGAUGGCGUGAGCCCAAAUAUUGUUCUGGAAAAUAGAGAUGCAAACAGUUUUAAUAAGGUGGAAGGUCAUUCAUCUGGCAUGAUGCCCAUUGGCUCAGAGUUCAGCUUGAUAUCUACUUCUUGUUAUGAUUCCUCUGUCACAACAGUUGCAAACAUGGCACAUCUCUCCAUGUCUGCAGUCUACCACUCUUCCACGGACACAGACAGUGAAGUAGCACUAACGCUUGCCAGUUUAGGGAACCCAAAAAAUGAGAAGAUGGAGAGAGACUGCGUGCAAGCUCAGAAUACGGAGCCUUCAGAUGUCAUCCGUGCAGCUUCAAUCAUUUCUGGAGUCACACAACACCAGCAGUUCGAUAACAUACAUCACCAGCCUAACAAUACCUUGGAAGACCAAAUGGGAAAAAAGGACCAGAAAUCCACCCUUGUCUUGCGAAGUCGAAGGAGCCGCGGCACGACACCCAACCAACAGCAGCAGCAGCAACAGCAGGACAUGGCAGCUGAGGAAUGCAAGAAAGUGAACAGAAGGAAGAAGAGAAAAGAUUCAAGACUAGUCAAUUUUCCCAAAUCAGAGGAAAACAACUUCAUAAUUCCAGACAGUAUACUGCCUGUGAGGAACAUGUCCACGCCAUCUAUCACCCUGCAGAAUGAAUCUCAAAAGGAAAACCUUCUUGGCCAGCUCCUUAAGGCCUCUGAACAUUGUGAACCUGCCACACUUAUACCUGAGGGCGUUGUGGACGAUGUCAUACCUGCCGUCGGCUAUAGGAUUAUGGACAUGACGAACCUGAGUGAGAUGAUUAAAAUGAUGCACAGAUGCACAGGCUCCAUGGGGGCCAUAGUCAUCCAAGAGCAGGCCUCCCUUAGAGAAGGAGCGGUGUCUCAGCUCAGUGUGAUUUGUACUGGAUGCCAGGAAGGAGCUGUGUGCGCCACCAGUAACAGAACACUAGCUACUGGACCUUGGGACAUCAAUGCCAGAGUGGAACAACUUACCAAAGAGUUCAACAUUAAGGAGGACCAGGUUCAGCGCAUGUUAGAGAUCCUCGGCAUCUUCUACCGCCCCUGUGAUCCGUCCCUGCAACCCAUAGCGCAGACGAUGGAAAUGGAACCGGCACCAGCUCAGCCUCCAAAGAAGAAAAGAAAAAAGAAGUCGGACACAGAUUCUUCUGGAAAACCCAAGAACUUGGUGUGCACCGUUUGCAAAGAAAGAUUUGUUGGUGAAAACCACCUUAAGAAACACAUGCACAGCCAUGACUUGUCACUCCAUACCUGCCCUUAUUGUCAUGCCUACUUCAAGAAGCCUUUCAACCUGAAGCAACAUAUAAAGAAACAUGAAAACUGCAAGUAUGAAUGUAACCAAUGUCAGCGCGCCUUCACCGACAAGUCCACUUUACUUUGCCAUGUCAGAUCACAACACGAAAAGAGGUACAACAUCCAGUGUGAAAUUUGUCUGAAGAGGUUUUAUCACAGAGCCCACUACAAUGAACACAUGAGGAUUCAUACCGGAGAGAAACCAUACAUGUGUGAGCUGUGUGGUAAAAAAUUCUCAUGGCAUGACAGCGUGAAGAAACACAUGCAGACACACAGUGCAGAAUCAAAAUACAAGUGUAGAUUAUGUGGCAAAUGGUUUAGGUGGCUUCAAGGAGUUCGUCAACACUUGCAACAACAGCACAAGUUAAAGAAAUGUGAUAUAGAGGCCCAGGUUGUCACUGCAGCAACCGAAACGGCCUCGGCUCUUCCACAGUAUCACCAACAAUCACAGCCUACUCAGCAGCAGCAGCAACAGCAACCACAGCACAACCACAGCCAAGCACAACAACAACAACAGCAACAACAACAACAACAACAACAACAACAACAACAACCAGGUCUUCCUCAGCCUCCAAAUCAGCACCCAGAUGAUAACACCCCAGGGAGAGAGUACCACACGCUAGAAGCCGCGGCACCCAACGAUGAUGCAACCAACCAACAGACCCUAAAUAUGUUCCACGUGUCGGAUGUGGAAGGCCAGCAACAAGGGAUGUUCCAGUACCACUAAAAGCAAAUGUACGAAUAUAGUUUUCACACUUUCACUUUUUUUUUUUUUUCUAUCUUUUUCAUUGUUUAUUUUCUCUUUUCUUUCUUUUGUUUUGUUUUCUCUUUUCUCCUUUCUUUCUAUCUUUCUUGUUUUUCUUUUUUUUUCUCACUUUUCUUUUUGAGAUAAGAAAAAACAGAUAUACAUGAUCUGCAAUAUGGUUGUCGGAAAGACGGAAAUCUGUAUCGGAACAUCUGAUUGACUGUGAUAUACUUCUCAUUAUAUUCUUCCAUCGUGUCCCUAUUCGUGCUCAGUAAAAGACUCAGGCAGAUUAUUUAAGGUGCGCAUUCCUAAAUGCUGUUCGUAUGCUAUAGUCCCAUUAUAUUUUUUGAGGUGUAAAUAGGAUACUUAAUGGAGUAAUGUAUUUGAUAUCUUGAAAAAUGAAUUAAGGCAUAAAUGUAUGGAUAAUGGCAUGAUAUCCAAAGCACAAUUAUUUUUUUGAUGUCCAGAUUAUCCUUGGCAGUUAUAUAAAUUGGUUCUCUCUUUCUUGCUUUCUGUCUUCUGCUUUGUCAGUCUUCCUCUCUUUCUUUGACUUUCUUUCAUUCUUCCCUCAUUCUCUCUCCUCCUCUCCUCUGCUUUCCUUUGUUCUGCUCACUUCUUUCUCACACAAACAAACACAAACAUAAUGUCACACUCACAGCAUACUAUAAAUGCCGUUUACACUUCCAAGCAUGUGCAUUCUCACUACCUCUUUAUCCAGAUAUACAUAUAGGAAAUAUUUAUGUACAGAAGCUGACUUAUGUAUUAUAAUCUUUUACUCAUAGGCAAAUAAUUUUUAACCGUUACUGAAGUGAGAUGUACAUACUUCUCAUUCAUGGGUGCUCAUAAUAUAUUGUUCAUAAGCAUUUUUUUGUGUAUACUUAUGGCUUGUUAUAAAUGUAAGAUUUGUAAAAAAAACAAAACAAUAAUAAUAAUGAGUCAUUUUAGAUUUACUUGUUGAUAUAUCACUUACUUUGUUGUGUUUAUGACAGAAAAUAUGACAGAAAAAUGAGAAAUAAAAUA